CAUUUGCAUAUGACGUAUCAUCAGAAGACGGAGACAGCACUGAACGGCACAGAACAGGUCAGACUGCCUCUACCUUCAACACUCGUGCGCACUUCACCAUGAUACGUCUGAGGGUGUUGCUGACCUUGGUGCUGAUAGCGGCUCUGCUGUGGGAAUCGGAAGCAUUGUUCUCAUGGAGGAACCGCAGGUACUCACGAAGGUACCGUCGCACACGGCCUACAUCCGCGUGCUCCUCCGUCUCUCUGUCUGGGCGGGGUGUCCGUCGAACAGUCUGUACCUUCCCGUACGGGGAGGGGGAGACCUGUGAGCUCUCGUGUAUUGACGGGUACAGGCAGACGUCAGGUGACACCAGCAGGACCUGUAGCGGCGGCUCCUGGUCCGGACAACCCCUGGUCUGCGAGUACACCGGAUGUGACCGACCGCCGUACACUGAGGGUUCUCGGGAAGACUGCUGGUGGCCUUACGAGAACGGGGAGAACUGCACCUACACCUGCCGUAAUGGUUACGCGAGAGUGUCCGGAGACUCCGUCAUCACCUGUGAGAACGGCAACUGGUCUGGGACGCCGCUGACCUGCGAGUACACUGGAUGUGAGUGGCCACCUUUCACAAGGGGAAGCUGGAGGCAGGGAUGCAGAUGGCCUUACGAGAACGGGGAGAACUGCACAUACACCUGCCGUAAUGGUUACGCGAGAGUGUCCGGAGACUCCGUCAUCACCUGUGAGAACGGCAACUGGUCUGGGACGCCGCUGACCUGCGAGUACACUGGAUGUGAGUGGCCACCUUUCACAAGUGGAAGCCGGAGGCGGGGAUGCUGGUGGCCUUACGAGAACGGGGAAAACUGCACCUACACCUGUCAGGAGGGUCAUUCUAGAGUGUCCGGAGACUCCACCAUCACCUGUGUGGACGGGUCAUGGUCUGGGACUCCGCUGGAGUGCCAGCGUACCUCCGGUUGUGACCCUCCACCUCGUCGCUUUGGCUCCUGGGGACCUCGGGACUGCCGCUGGCCGUACGUGGAAGGGGAGACGUGCAGGUUCCAGUGCCAGUGGGGCUGGGAGCAGCAGUCCGGGGAGACCACCACCACCUGCACCGGCGGGCAGUGGACUGGAGACCCGCUGGUCUGCACCAGGAGCUCCAGUUGGUGGUGGCCAUGGGGGCGUUAAGACGUCUACCCGACCACGCAGACUUGGACCCAGCAACGUCACUACGUCAUGACGUCAGUUCUCAUCGCUAUCGUAUGUUCUGAAUACUUGGAUUAGAUGUUAUAGCUUAAUUACAAUUAACAGCUGAACUAGAGAUAAAUAAGUCACCUUCGUAUUUGAUAAACAUGUAUGUGUUCAAUCUAAAUCAGUUACAUCCAUUGUCGGCGAUUGAAUUCUUUUCAACUUAACUCAGCCUUUUUCAAACAGUUUGCAGUCAAUGUCAAGUAAAUAUGGUGAAAAUGGGCCACA